AUGGCUCCAAAGGUUCAGAAGGGCUCCAAGCGACCGGCUCAGGAACCUGCUGUGGCAAGCGAGGCCAAGAAGCUGAAGGAGACUCUGCGGAAGCACGGCAUCGCAAAGUCGACGUACGAUGGCGUCGUGGAAGCCAUCCAGCAUCCAUUGGCUGAGCGGUUACCAGAUCCCGUUCGCCAGAUGCUGCUAGCAAUGCUUCCUGAGGGCCUGUGCGUCCCCGAAGAUCUGCGGCACGAAGUGCAGGUUCGUUACGUGGGUAUGCUCUCCGAGAUUUUCGAGGGCAUCAUGUCUAAGUUGCAGAAGAGCGUGGAUGAUGCUACAGCAGAAGCUGCUCGCAUCGAAGCGUCGAAGACAGACCUGGAUUCAAAGGCCACAGAGUCUGCGGAAGCGCUGCAAGCUGCGGCCGCCCAUGCCACCGACUGCAAGUUGAAGUUGGCAGAGGCCACAAAGGUUGUCUUGACCGCCAAGUCGGCACUUUGUGAUAAGGAGAAGCUGCAACGCGAAGGAGAUGUGGCUUUCGAGGCAGCUAAGGCGGAGAAGGCAGCUCUUGAAGCAGCCCUGUCUGAAGACUUCCGCCUCCUUCGAGAUGGAGGGGUAGAUGGAGACAUCGCCCAAACACACUACAAGAAACUGGAAGGAUUGGCCAGCAAUAUCGGCCUGGAAACCAGUUUGAUGACAGCCUUGCCUACGUGUAUGAUGAAGAAGCCCGGUGAUCGUGGAUCCUUUGAUGCUAUGGUUGUAGUGCAGCUUCAGGACAAGCUUACCAAACGGAUCUCGGACCUGGCUGAGAUCAUCCAGUCAGGCCAGCCAAGUGCUGCCACAAGACAGGAAGCCGUUGAUGCGUCGCGCAGCGAGUUGGAAAGUGCCAAGCAGGCGCAGCAAGAAGCAGCAGAACUGCUGAAAGCUGCCACUGACCGUCUACAGGAAUGCGAGAAGCAAAAGGCCGAUGCGGCAGCGAACGUGGAGCAGUACGAGCCCCAGUUUGAGGCAGCAAGGAAGACCGUCGCUGAGAAAGAAGCUGAGCGCGAUGCCUUUUGCGACUACAACUUUGCCUGCUUCCAGAAGCUUCAAAGUCAGCGCACGGAGCCGAAGGCCGUGGAUGAUGCGAUGUCCCAAGCGCGGCGGCAGCUGGAAAUGGCUGCAGCCCUUGAGGCAGCUGAGGCCGGAGCUUGA